ACACACUCGUAGUCACACACAGUGUAGCGGGUGCGCAAAAUGACGACGAGAGAAUCGGCGAUGGUGGAAUCUGGCAACGGCAUCAACCUCGACGUUCGGAUCUACAAACCAGCACCAGAAGACGAUGAUUCCACUUCAGAUGACCAAAAAAUUGUGGUCGUUUUGGUCCACCCUUAUUCAGUAUUAGGCGGCUGUCAAGGCCUUAUGAAGGGCAUUGCUCGUAAUCUAGCUGAUCAGGGCAUCGCCGCCGUCACCUUCGAUAUGAGAGGCGUCGGUAAAUCCACCGGCAGACCUUCCCUCACCGGAUUCUCUGAAGUCUCCGACGUAGUCGCGAUCUGCAAGUGGACUUCUCAGAACUUGUCCUCAAAUCGGAUUCUACUCGUCGGUUCCUCUGCAGGAGCGCCGAUUGCAGGAUCUGCGGUUGAUCAGGUAGACGAAGUUAUCGGGUACGUGAGCCUGGGCUACCCUUUUGGGUUGACUGCUUCCAUUCUUUUCGGAAGACACCACAAGGCCAUAUUACAAUCUCUUAAGCCGAAACUAUUCGUGAUGGGAACCAAAGAUGGGUUUACGAGCGUCAAACAGUUGGCCAACAAAAUAAAAAGUGCAGCAGGUCGUGCCGAAACUCAUCUCAUGGAAGGAGUUAGUCAUUUCCAAAUGGAAGGUCCGAGUUAUGAUGCCGAUAUGGCAAAUCUUAUUGUCACUUUCAUUUCCUCAUUGUAAUAUCUUCCUCCUUGUAAUAUACCUAUAUGAUCUUUGGGGUGAAGUAUCGUGUGAGAAGGGAAGUUAUGAUGAGAAACGUAAGAAGAGAUCUGAACCCUUGAUCACUUUUAAUCUCAUGUUCACCCAUGGAUUACAUUUUAAAAGGGAAUUGAUCCAACGCAUUUCAGUGCACCUUAUUAAUGUCGACAUUCAAUUAAGAUUGAUUCAAGAGUGGAGAUCUCUUCUCACGGUUCCCACCAUAACUUCCCUUCUUACCGGAACUCAACCCUGAUCUGGGGUAAGAGAUUUGGGUUGGUUUACCUUUUCCAAUCUUAACAUGUAUGUUAUUGUUUCUAUAGGGGUGACAUGUUUGUUUGUUGUUUA